ACGUUCAAUGCCAAUAACGCGCUGGCGCGUCGAUACAUGACUUUAGCUAGGUGCCGACGACGCUCUCGCGCGUUCAGACUUUCAUCGAUUAUUAUCUUGGAUUAUUUCACUGGCGCUACAACAGGGCUUUUUAUAUUUUAAAGGCAGGUAACUAGAGGUAUCAAUUCUCUAAUUUUGUUCUUGGUUUUUCGAUUUACGACUUUUUGUCCCGAUAGGAUGUGUAUAUCUGUUGGCUUUGUAUUAAGUGUAAAUAUCAGUAAUAGCACAUAUAAUUCUGCAAAUGCUUAUUAAUUUAUCGGAUUACUAACCGUGUAAAAAUUAAACAUUCCCAGAUUUCGGUAUUUCCCCUAUUUUCUAGAGUCGCUAAUCGUAAAGCUUGGUAAUACCCGGAUAAUUUCGGUGUUUCCCCUAAAUGUUAUUUGAGUUCUUUUACAUCUCCUUUGGUUAUUUUAUAUUUGAAUGGCAUAGGGUAAGCAUACGGAAGUGCAAAAAUGAAUAACACUGACGAUAUUUUACAAAGUGGCUCAAAUUCAAAUAAAAAAAUAAAAUUAGAUAUGAAAAAAAAAUUAACAGAGGAAGAACUUUUGAGAUUAUUAGAAACAAGCGAUGAAGAAUUUAGUGACUUUCUUGAUUCAGACAGUGAAUAUUUACCAGAAUCUGAGGAUGAAAUUGAAAAUACUUUACCUACAGCACUUAUUGAGGAUACGGAAGAUACGCCUAAUCUACUCGUUGAUGUUGAUGAAAGCGAUAAAUGGAAAGAAAAUUUUGAUGGUAUGAAAAAUUUUCCUUUUUUAAAACACCAAGAGUUACUAGUAGAAGUUUCCGAUAAUAAUCCAGUUGACUUUUUUCGGAUGCUACUUACAGAUGAAUGUUUGCAGCAAGUAUGUGAUGAGACAAACAGGUAUGCCGAGCACAUUUUCUUAUCUAAUGCAGGGGCGACACAUUCUAGGAUUUUCGAUUGGAAAAUUUUGACUUCCGAAGAACUGCUAGUCUUUUUAGGAUUAGUUCUACACAUGGGUCAUAUUUCGUUGCCUAGGAUUGAGGAUUAUUGGAAAAAGAAAGAUCCUCUUUUUGCUAAUGCAAUUUUUUCCACUUUUAUGGGCCGGAACAGAUUUAUGGUCAUAAUGCGAUGUUUGCAUUUUAAUAAUAAUCCAGAAGAGGGAGAACAAGUACCUGAAGACAGAAUUUAUAAAAUUAGACCGAUGAUAAACUUUUUCAAUAAGAGAAUGGAAGAAGUUUAUUAUCCUGAUCGUAAUUUGAGCUUAGAUGAGUCAAUGGUAUUACACAGAGGACGACUUAAUUUUAGACAAUACUUAAAAAACAAAAAACAUAAAUAUGGGAUUAAGUUGUAUAUGUUGACCGAACCAAAUGGUCUAAUUUUAAAAUUUUUAGUUUAUUCUGGAAUGUUUGACGAUUCAGGUGGAAAAGGACAUGUUAAUAAAGUGGUUUUGCACCUUUUAGAAGGGAAACUAAAUGUAGGCCAUUGCGUUUACAUGGACAAUUUUUACAACAGCUUUGAUUUAGCUAAAAAUUUACUUGAAUUUUCCACUUACUGCACAGGAACUCUUAGAAUUGACCGUAAAAAUAAUCCGGCAGAAGUAAGGCAAGAAAAACUUGCUAAAGGUGCAACAAUUGCCCGUUGCCGAAAAGGGGUAUUAGUUGGCAAAUGGAAGGAUAAAAGGGACGUUUACUAUAUAACAACAGAAUGUCAAAACACUUUACAAGAAGUUACAACAAGAAGAGGUCAACAUGUAAUAAAACCAGAGCCUAUUAUCAGAUAUAAUAAAAAUAUGUCUGGUAUUGACCGGCAAGACCAGAUGCUUGCCUAUUAUCCGAGUCAACGAAAAACUGUACGAUGGCCAACAAAAAUAUUUAUACAUGUUAUACAGAUGAUGGCUAUAAAUGCCCACAUACUAUACAACAAGUACUCUGGAAAAAAGAUUGGUCUUUACGAAUUUCGUUUACAACUCGUUAGAUCCCUUUUAAAAGUUAUUAAUUCUGAAGCCAAACUUGUUCCAAAAGAUCAUUCAGUAACAAAACGAGAGGUAAAGGAUGUAAAGGGAAAAGUUAUGAGAAAACGCUGUAAAACUUGCAGUCAACAAAAUAUUCGUAAAGAUACAAUUUACGAAUGCAAAGCCUGUCCCGAUACCCCUGGAUUUUGUCUGGAUUGCUGUCAAAUAUCCCACAAAGUUUAAUGUUGUUUUAUUUACUUAUAAUUUAUGUUAUUUUGUAUUUCUUGUUUUGUUUUGUAUUAGUAAAUAAAUGUUCCUACUGAU